AUGCUCAGGGAGAACACCAAAACAAGAAAAAGGAAACGUCGAUUUUGGAUAAGAAAGCUGUACGAAGAAAGAAAUGUGAAAGGAGAAUAUAAGUUAUUGAUAAAUGAUAUGCGACUCCACGACCAUGAAAUGUUCUUUAGAUACUUUCGUAUGUUUCCAAAGACAUAUGAAAGUUUGCUAAAGUUGAUAGGACCCGACAUAAAGAAAGUUUCAACGAAAAUGAGAGAACCUAUUGGACCUGACCAAAGACUUGCAGUGACACUACGAUAUUUAACCACCGGUGAUGCCUAUUCAACUAUUGGCGCUAAUUAUAGAAUGAGUGCCACAACUGUUGGCAGAAUAAUCGAUGAAACGUGCAAUUCAAUUUGGAAUAGACUGAAGGAAGCAGGAUAUAUUGACACACCUUCUGGAGUUGAAGCAUGGAGAAAAAUUGCCAAUGAAUUCGAAACUCGAUGGAAUUUUCCGAAUGCACUUGGCGCAAUUGAUGGCAAACAUGUGUUGAUGUUUGCUCCUAAUAAUCAGUCAUCCGCUUUCCUUAAUUAUAAAAAGACUCACAGUAUUGUGCUCAUGGCAGUAUGUGAUGCUCGGUACAAGUUUACUAUGGUUGAUAUAGGUGAUAGUGGACGGCAAAGUGAUGGAAGUGUUUAUGCUAACAGCAAUUUAGGUUAUGCUAUAGAAAAUAAACUCCUGAACACUCCACCUGAUUGUCAAAUUUCCAAUUCUAAUAAGGUUUUACCGUAUGUUUUUGUUGGAGAUGAUGCUUUUGGUCUAAAAAGACAUAUGAUGAAGCCAUAUCCAUUCUCCAAUCUUUCAGAAAGCAAGCUAGUUUUCAAUUAUAGGCUCAGUCGUGCAAGGAGGGUAAUUGAAAACACAUUUGGCAUUUGUGCUAGUCGUUUUCGUGUUUUCCACAGGCCAAUCAUUGCAAAAGUACCCAAGGUUAUUCCAAUAACAAAAGCAGUGGUUGCACUGCACAACUUCCUGAUGACUAUAAAUGAAACUGACAGAGAAAGUCACUAUUGCCCAAGUACAUUUGUUGACCAGGAUGGGCCAAAUGGUCUGCACCUUGGUGAAUAG